CCCGUUUGGACUCGGACCCGCGAUAGGAUUGAUCUACGGCGUUUGCGCCCGCCCAUAUAUAACUUACGCAUGAGCCCUAGAAAGAGAGUCAGUGAUGCUGGUAGGGGAUAUGAAGCUGAUAGAUCGAGUCAAGCCUUCGGCCUCAGAGCCUGAAGCUCUGCGUCGUGCCUCGCUGUCAGUACGGGGAUACAUAGGCGUCUUCAGAACCGUGGUCGUGACCAGAGGGAAUGAACGGUCAAGAGCGCGCUGACCGAGGCGGACGUAUUGUAACCAACGAGUUCCGAGAUGGGGCGAAGCGCAUGUCGAGCAUCGAUCCAAAGUAUCAGUGCACCCAUCCAGACCUAUCCAGGCCGAACCCAAUCAUCCAAACGACCACGUUCGGAUUCAAGUCUAAGACAGAGUCACAAGCGCAAACCACCACAUUGCCCGCGAAUCUUCCAGCUCUUCAUCUCCUCUGAAAUCUCGGGAGCCCGCUGACUAUACGGAUGGGAUGGGCGAUGGUCGAAUCAAAGCAGAAUACAGUACCGCCGGCACGAAUGACUGGCCAGCCAGCCUAGUGCAGAGAAGGUAGGCGACGGGCGCAAGGCGUUACCUCUCUCGGACGAGGCAGAUCCGGGGAAACAAGCGUUGCCGAUGCGGGGUGAAGGCGAGGAUAAGUGUGGGAUGGGACGAGCUUGAAGAAGAUGGUCACGAAGUGGCCGGGUCCUCGAAGGGAGGAGAGCGGCAAACGAACCAAAGAACCACUGGCAAAGCGUAAGUAGAGUACGUGUCGAGAUCUCAAGGAUCCGGAGGCGUUAGAAGGCCUGUGUUGCGCUGUGCAGCCGCUUCCUAUUCCCCACUGCGCUGUGCAGCCUUCUGAGCCUGUAGAGACACUUUGCGCGCUGCGAAAGGCAAGAGAUCGGGCUCCCCAUGUUACCACCGUUCAAGUUUAGCCCAAGUCACCGAGGAACGAUUGUGGGUCCAUCCGAGCAUCUUU